CCGCCUCAGCCACCGCCUCCAACUGAGCUGCUCACUAGUGAGAACUCGGCGCCAACUCCUGCCAUAGUAAUCGAGCUGCAGUUUCGACUGCAGGACAUUCAAGUCUCUCUUGCCUGCUUCAUCGAUAAGAUUCGCGCCAUGGAGGGUAUGCUCUCUGAGCACAAAGCCAUCAAGCGUGAAGUUAGCACCCUCCGCGAGCUGAUAAAGGAAAAAUGCGAAUUAGACAGCGUACGCGGCAGACAAUGCUCAGGGACGCUGCGUGCCAAGGACCACGACGACAGCGAGUACGGCGGCGACGACGAUGACGCGCAGAGUAUCGCAACCGUCAUGCCCCAC